AUGGGCCUCCUUAGUGGAAGAAGCUACAGAUGCAAAUUCUGCAAAACUGAUUUAGCUCUUUUUGAUGAGCUUGUGUCCCGGGCAUUUCAUUGUCGUAGGGGGAAAGCAUACUUGUUUAGUAAUGUAUAUAACAUCACAAUGGGACCAAAUGAGGAGAGGAUGAUGGCAUCCGGAAUGCACACUGUGGCGGAUAUAUUUUGCUGCUGUUGCGGGCAAAUCGUUGGCUGGAAAUACGAGGUUGCUCAUGAAAAUAGCCAGAAAUACAAAGAAGGGAAAUUUGUUCUCGAACGGGGGAGGAUAUUGGAUGGAGUUGACUCGGACUUCUAUAUAGAUACUCGUGCGAGCAGCAGUGAUGCUGAAGAUGCAUAG